CCAGGACGGGUUGCAUCCGAGCAAUCGCUGUCAUUCGCAGACGGAGUUUACAGUCUUUGCGCCGCUUUUUCUUUCGAUCUUUUUUUCCCGCCGCACCCCCUCCCUCUCCCGGUGCUGCCCGAGCCACUCGACCAUGGUUUCUAUAAUUUCAGACCUGGACCCUCUGAAAAGCUGGAACGUGUUAAGGCAGGACGCCAGCGACCUCUCUGGACCGAUACAAAGCAACGGCACGGCCGGAAAGAUGAACGGCGCGCUGGAGCACUCGGACCAGCCCGACCCAGACGCCAUCAAGAUGUUCGUGGGCCAGAUCCCGCGCUCCUGGUCGGAGAAGGAGCUGAAGGAGCUGUUCGAGCCGUACGGCGCCGUCUACCAGAUCAACAUCCUCCGGGACCGCAGCCAGAACCCUCCACAGAGCAAAGGCUGCUGUUUUGUCACGUUUUACACAAGGAAAGCUGCCCUUGAAGCCCAGAAUGCACUGCAUAACAUAAAGACCUUAACAGGGAUGCACCACCCGAUUCAGAUGAAACCUGCAGACAGUGAGAAAUCUAACGCGGUGGAAGACAGGAAGCUGUUCAUCGGCAUGGUGUCCAAGAAGUGCAACGAGAACGACAUCCGGGUCAUGUUCUCGGCGUUCGGACAGAUCGAGGAGUGCCGGAUCCUCCGGGGGCCCGACGGGCUCAGCAGAGGAUGUGCGUUUGUCACGUUUUCCACCAGAGCUAUGGCACAGAAUGCAAUCAAAGCCAUGCACCAGUCUCAGACUAUGGAGGGCUGCUCGUCCCCCAUCGUGGUGAAGUUCGCCGACACGCAGAAGGACAAGGAGCAGCGGCGUCUGCAGCAGCAGCUGGCGCAGCAGAUGCAGCAGCUGAACAGCGCCACCACCUGGGGGAGCCUGACGGGCCUGGGCGGCCUCACCCCGCAGUAUCUGGCUGUAAGGAGAGCCGCCGCGUCGCCCACCGCCGCCAUCACCUCCUCCUCCGCCCCUUACUGCAGCCCCAUGGCCAGCACCGCCGCAUUGCUCCAGCAGGCGACCUCCUCCGGUAACCUCGGAGCUUUCAGCGGGAUCCAGCAGAUGGCCGGUAUGAGUGCUCUGCAGUUGCAGAACCUGGCCACUUUAGCGGCGGCGGCGGCGGCAGCCCAAAACUCGGCCAGCCCCUCCACCGCAAACCCCCUGUCCUCCAACGCCGCCUCCCUGGGAGCGUUGGCCAGCCCAGCCGGCACCACGGCCAGCUCCAACGCCGGCGCCAUGAACUCUCUGACCUCUCUGGGCACCCUGCAGGGCCUGGCAGGCGCCACCGUGGGCCUGAACAACAUUAAUGCACUAGCAGGUAGCGUCAACAUUGCUCAAAUGCUCUCAGGUAUGGCGGCUCUAAACGGAGGCCUGGGCGGCGCCGGGCUCACCAACGGGACGGCGGGCACCAUGGACGCGCUGACGCAGGCUUACUCAGGGAUCCAGCAGUACGCCGCCGCAGCGCUGCCCACCCUCUACAGCCAGUCCCUGCUGCAGCAGCAAGGGGCCGCUGGCAGCCAGAAAGAGGGUCCCGAAGGCGCCAACCUGUUCAUCUACCACCUGCCCCAGGAGUUCGGAGACCAGGACAUCCUGCAGAUGUUCAUGCCUUUCGGAAACGUGGUCUCGGCCAAAGUCUUCAUCGACAAACAGACAAACCUUAGCAAGUGCUUCGGCUUCGUCAGCUACGACAAUCCGGUGUCGGCACAGGCAGCCAUCCAGGCCAUGAACGGCUUCCAGAUCGGCAUGAAGCGGCUGAAAGUGCAGCUGAAGCGCUCCAAGAACGACAGCAAGCCGUACUGAUCUUAGCGCUAGGGUCUAUCUGCUCCCCAGGUUAGCACUGCUAGGAACAACCCAUCUCCAUGCCUGUUAUAGCUCAUCGUUUGCCUAGCAUGUCUCCGUGGCGUCCCCCCAAAAAAAAAAAAAAAAAAAAACCACAAAACAAACACACAAAAAAAAAC